AUGCCACCUGUACCCGAAGAAAGCGAGAAGCCAAAGGGAAUCAAGGCGAUUCUUCUGGGACCUCCGGGUGCCGGAAAGGGGACUCAGCUCGAUGAGAUAUUAGAUAAGAGGAAGACUAAGUUGGAUUCAGUUAUCGAGUUCUCAAUUGAUGAUAGUUUAUUGGUACGUCGUAUCACCGGGAGAUUGAUACACAAAGCUAGUGGUAGGUCUUACCAUGAAGAAUUCAAUCCACCCAAGAAGCCCAUGACAGAUGACCUGACUGGUGAACCAUUGAUAAAACGUUCAGACGACACUGAAGAGGCACUGAAAACUCGUCUCCAAGCAUACCACCAGCAGACAUCGCCAUUGGUCGAUUACUACCAAAAGAAGGGAAUCCAUUCCAAGAUUGAUGCUUCAGCUGCACCAGAUGCUGUCUUCGCCAGCAUCCAGGCAGCCUUUGCCAAAUCGAAAAGUAAAGACACUGUUAUGUUUGUGUAGUUGACAAUUCAAACCAUCAUAGACAUUUUUCUUGGUCACUAUUCCUCUCUCCAAAUUUGAUCGCAGAUAUUUUCUAAUUAAUUGCAUGACCAUAAUUUAACUGCCGCUAUCGUGAAAAUAAAAUUGUAUGUAUAGUGUAGUAAUAAUUCAAAGUUGAAAUUUCAGUAUUGCAUACCAACCACAAGUAAUCUAAAACAACUUGAGAUGGUCCUAACUUUUAUUGUCAUACAAACUUUAGAUCAAAAUUCCCUUGAUAUGGAAGUACCAGUUAACAUUUAAAUUUAAAGAUCAUCACACUGUUAUCCCACAUGAUUAAUUCUGAGCCAUGUUGAUGUAGACAACUUUGCUGUCACUGCACAUCAGAUCAAUAAAAAUUAAUUAAUACUGUGGUAUAGACAACAUGUCUCUUGGUAAAGCCCUUCACUGAAUCCAUCUGUUUUUUUCAAUGACUACAAUAAUUGCUAAUUAAAUUGCUGUCCAGCUACCUUACAGUAUGGUAAAAAUCAGGACAAGCAAUUUUUAAAUUAGUAGUUCUCGAGAACAAUGUAUUUGAUGUGAUUUAAAACAUUCAGUUAUGUAACUAUGAACCAAAAGAUAAAAAAAAUGAUGUGCAUGUUGAUGUGUAUCAUUUUGUAAAUUGUCAUCUAUAUUAUAUACAUUAAUUGUGUUGGUAAAGUAAGCUAUGAAAAUCUCCACUGAUGCCAUAUGCUAAGAGUUUAAGUCAGAGUUUACUAAAAAAAAAUUUUCGAGUACAUUGUAUGUAAUUCUAUUACUAGUAAAUCAUGCGUGCAAUUUGUCUGUCUGCUCACCGUAGUACUCAAAUCCACUGUAGCCAGGUAGAAGGGUGCGUAUAAUAGUUGUUAUAGAGAAUGAUAAACUCCAUGUUAUUGUAUGUUUAGUUGGUACUUGUGUGUAUACCUUGUUAUUUAAGACAAUGCUCAGACGACAUCUGAGGAUCUCUUACAUUGAGUAGUUAAUUUAUAGAUGUGCUAAAUUUGGAAUGCAAUUACGUCUACCAACAUCCACUGCUCCAACUUUAGUACCCAAAUGAGAUUUCUGCAUAUCAAUUUUUUCAUAAAACAAUAUGUAUAAUUGUAAUAACAUUGUUCUUGCAUGUUAAGGUCAUUCGAAAUAAACUAGAUACAUCACAGUA